AUGAGUAUCUCGCCAAUAAAGUACGAAUCGAAAAUUUUAAGCAACUUGGCCAGCAUGCUAAAGCUUAGUGAAAAAACAGACAAAGAAAUAUGGAACGAAAUCGAGGAAGAAAAGGAACAUAUGAAAUUCGAGAUUGACGAAGACAUAAGGAAGGUGAUCGAUGUAAACAAAAUUAACUGUACAUGUGAUGAAUCAAAAAAAAAAAUGGAAGAAUAUAAAGGUAAAAAAUUUGAAUACCAUUAUAAUGUGGAAACAUAUGGGGUCGAUUUUUUCUUAGACAUAUGCAAUGCUCUAGGUAGGGCGAACUACAAACCAUUUCUAUCAGAACAAGGGAAAAUAGAAGUUAUGAAUGGAUUAAGAAUUAGAAGAAAUUCAAACUUGUAUAAGUAUGUCUCCUUUUUUUUAAGUAAAGAAAGACUAAAUAAGGACAGAAUAAAUGAUGGAAAAACACCGGAAAAUAUCUUCCACUGUUUUAAGUGCCUAAAGAGUGUACUACAUAUAUAUGUGGAUGAUCAAAAUAAUCGAAAGAGGAAAAUGUAUCUACAGGAUAACAUGUACAUCACAGAAGAAGUGGAAGAGAAAAUGGAAAACGACUUACUUAGUGAGAAUCAAAAAAGUAGUCAUGUGAAUCCUCCCAACUUUAGGGACGGAAUAAUAGCCGUCAGCAGAUACAAAACCAAGUUAGCCUCCAUAACUAGGAAGUCAAAUGAAAAAAUUAUUAAAACCAUUUUGGGUCAUUCGAAGGAUAUGCAAAAUGGAAAAAAUGACAGAGAAUACCUCUCCCAUAGUAGCACCCAACAUAUAGGUAGUAAAGACUUUUCCAUUAACGGGGAUAAACACUCCAGUAGUCAUCACCAAGAAAUAAACCGAAGUAACUCCUUCGAGGAUGACAAGCAUUACAAAAGAUCAGACUUUUUCGAUAAACACGAAUUAAAGCAUUUUAGCGAUUCCGCCAACGAUUUUCCCAAUGACGAAGAAGCAAAAAGUGCACGCAAAAAUGUGCAUAGUGAAAAAAUGACCAACUUGAAAAAUAACUCCAUGACAAGUAAUUUGAUGCAAAAGAACCGACCUGCAGGAAACAUAUUUCUAAGUAAGAACAGGGAAAGGCAAGUACAAAAGGCCCAAACCGGCGCGAAAAAAAAAUACACCACAAGUUCGAGUAAGAAAUCGGGCUCAGUCAAGAAAAAGGACCCAGAUGAUAUGGUGAUCUCGAUUGAUGCGGGCGUAAGCAGGGUGGCCGUGUCGGGGGAUGAUCCUAGGGAGACCAGUAAACCCGAUGUGUAUUGUUUCCAAUGUGAAGAGGCCCAAACAGAUACCCCCACAAUGGAAGUGAUUGUGCAGGGGAAUGAAACUCCCCAUCAGUCUAUUCAAAGUGGAGCCGUGCAACAACCCGAAUGGGAUAAAAAGUUGAAUGGAGAGGGGAAACAGGGCAGCUUAACAGAGAAGCAUGUCAUAUGCUCAGCCGAAACGAAGAUUUCCACGGGGGAUGAAGAACCAAACUCGAAAGACGCCGCUUCAGAUGAGGCGGAUAGGGAGAGUUACCAAUAUGACGUGUAUCAAAAAACGUCCCUCGUGAAAAACGCAUCCAAUGGGGAAGAGAACUACGACUUCAACGCAAGCGACGAUGCGUCCUACUCCACAGAUGAUUCGAAUUAUAAAAGGUACCUAACAAAGAAGAAGACAAAAAUGCAACAAGAAGGAAAAAUAGUCAUCGAUCUCAAUAUACUAAACGGAAAUGCAAUGGAUGCAUCGGAAAAAAAGGAAAAGGAACAAAAAAUUGAGGAAAAAUACAAAGAGAAAUGUCAAGAAAAACACCAAGAAAAGAUAAGAAUGGAUACAAUAAGGAAAAGCUUAGAAGAGAAAAAAAUGAUUAUAUGCAAAAUAGAAGAGGUAGCAAAAAGAAGAAAUAAAAGACAUGUAAAAACGCAAGUAUUGUCGAAUGACUCAAAAAUUGAGAGAGCUUAUUUCAGUCACAAAAUGAAAAAAUUUUAUAACUCAAAGUCCGGAUAUUAUGGUUGUGGUUGGUCUAAUAAUAGAACUCAGUGGACUCCAUUUAUCCAUGCCCCCUUUUUUGAUAACCACCAUAAUAUUAUAUAUAAAAAUAGACAUAGAAGAAUGUACGAAGAAAUAUACGACACUUUGUUACAUGGGAGGAUCCAUCCAUCUGUUAGAAUUGUCGAGUUGAAAGACCACAAGCAUCCUGUCCGGUUGUGUACUCCGUAUUAUGAAGAUUGCUAUUCACUCGUUUACACAGGGAAAAAAGUGCUCGCAUCGGAUGAUCGGGUCAUUUUUGGCGAGUACACUGGUUAUGUGGCCAACAACAGGGAGCUGUCACAGGACAAGCACCAAUAUAUGUUCUCCCUAUCCUUUAGCAAGAAGGUUUUUAACGAUAGAAAGAAUGUCCUUUUUAUUAACGAGGUUGAGUCAGAUGAGGAGAGUGCGCUGAAAGGGGACAGCUACCACGGGGAAGAAGCCAAUGGAAGCAUCGUCCAUGGUGAUAGCAACAACAAUUGCGAAUAUGCGACAAGGAUGAGUAACGAAGGAACCUGUUUGAACGAUGAGCACAUUUGUCAAGAAGCAGCUCUUAGGAAUGGUGGUAUGAAUACAAAAUGGAGAGGAAGUCCCACCCCCAAUUCUGCUACACCACAAUGUGAAAAAUCGACACAGAGUUACACCAAAGAGAAGAAGAAAUCUAAAGGGAUGAAUAAUAAGAUUAUCCUGCCAGAUAAUUACACAUACGCUGUAGAUUCGUCUUACAUGUUCAACGAAAUGUCGCUAGUUAAUCAUUACAAAACAUGUGCCAUUUUUAACAAUUACGAUUUUAGGAUAAAUGCUGAGUGGCAAUUGGUUUACCUUGAUGGAUGGCCACAUAUCAUUCUUACAUCCAUCCCAGGAGUAGAAAUAAAUACAGGAGAAGAACUUGUCGCUGAUUUUGGCUUUGAAUGGUUCGAAAAGGUUAACGAUAUUUGUCUGAAUGUGUUUAUUAAAAAUAGCUAUGCAUACAGAUUGAGCAAAUUAAAUCUUUGUAAAGAAAAAAUGCUGAGUGGAAUAGAUGACAUAGUGGAAGAGUACAACUUGAUAAAAAAUCACACCACGUGCAAUAUAUGCAUGCACAGCGUCAACACAGAUAGUAGUAACGAGUUUAUUACUUGUUCAGGUUGUAAUCAUAUUUAUCACCUAACAUGUGUGCAAAAAUUAUAUGCAGAAGUGAACGAGAAUUACGAUUGGUUCUGCGCAAAUUGUGUCAAGUUCUGCAUCAAUGUGUUAAAUCAGGAAGAAUUCUUGGCCUUCCUAGAAAUGGAAAACCACAAACAAUUAAUCGAGCUUUUUAGUGAUGAUAUGUGUUUAGAAAAUUCAAACAAGUUAUCCACGUUGUUAGCUCCACUAGCAAAUGAUACCUCCCCCUUAUGUCUCACUGACGGGAUAGACACAAAAGGAGUGAGUAGAAAUCCAAACUGUACUCAGCAGUAUGACAAAAUACGGAAAUUACUACGUUGUAGGGAAAAUAUUAUGGACUUGGUGAGGAAUAAAGAUAUAAUUAACUCUUACUUAGACAGCACCGAAAAGGAAAUGAACUCUCUAGAUAACACAGAAGAGGGAGAAAUUUUGUCCCUUAAGAAUGACGAAAUGAAGUUUCUGCUGCAAAACAGCUUUGAGCUGCACCUUCUUGUUGAGUAUAAAAAAAAAAUAGAUGAUUUACUAGUAAGCAGGGAGAAGGUUAACAGCUUUGUGAAUGACGAAAAGGCCAAGAAAACUAUGCAGUUAAGGAAAAAAACCAUAAACUACUUGCUAGAAAAUAGGAAAUGUAUAGAAAAGUUGGUCGACUCGAUAGAACAAGGCACUCCCAUUGUGUUUCCACAUGAGGAGAUUCAGCAUUCGGAAAGGGACACUACAAUGAAGGGGCUCAAGGAGGAAUUGCCACAGGAGCAUGACGUCGGAAUACAAAAAUGUGACCCAUGUUGUAGUAGGGGCGAAAGCCACGGUUCAGGCUGUACCGAACACAACAAUGACAGCGUUUCCAACUCGUACGAAAAUAUUUUGUAUAACAAAUCAAACGAUGUCAUGAAGAAAUUAAAAGAAAUAAAAAACAGUGCCCCCGUUGGCGGUAUAAAAAGCGAUGCAAAUAAUUGUCCACCAUCCAGCAGCAGCAACAUGGGUGGCAACAAAAACCUCUGCUUCAACAACAUGAUGAAGUUGAGCAAGAAGAUCUUAGGGUUCCCCUUGUUAACAGAUUUCGAAAAGGGAAUGAGCACCAACCAGCCAUGUCUUCCCCUAAGCGAUCACCUAAAAAGGCUUUCUGUGUGUACCGUUUGUUAUAGCAAGCAUAAUGACUUGGCUAAGGCCAUUAUAUGUAGAGUUACCAAGAUGCAUUUUGAGGCUAACUACAAUGAUGGGUUGAGCGAAGAAGACAUGUUUAAAACGUCUAGCGAAUGCGUUCAGUCAAUCAUUCGCGAAUUGGCCAACACCAUAAAGGAGUACAGAAAGAGGGAACUGAGCGGGGCCUACGUACAGCAGGUGGAGCGCAGUGGGAGUAGCGGCUAUAGGAGCUGGAGCAUCGGCAGUUGUAGCAGCGUUGGUGGAAGUUGCGGCAGUAGUCGUGGCGAGAUCAACGUCAACAGCGCGGCAGCCCCAUUAGCUGACGACCAUAACGACAUCGGCGCAGAAGUUCAUUCACCCAGUUCCAUCCCUAGUCCGACAAAAAUGGAGGACCUAGUCAGUUCUAGCCUAAAACGUCCAUCGCAGAAACCAUUUUAUGACUUGAGGAGCAACCUUCCAUAUAUUGACAGGCGUCAAGGGGAUACAAAUAAACACGUUGAAAAUAAUACACCCACCUUGUUAUCGGAAAAUAAAAUGAGUUAUACGGACGAUUAUGCGUGUAAGAGCGGGGAAAUGAAUUCCACGCAGAAUAAACGCCCUCAUGAAGAAGAUGACAAAGGUAGCAGUAGGAAGAAAUCGAAGCUUCGUACGAAGCCGUCUAACAACGUGAUCGGUGGAGAACAUGACGAUUCUUUAAAUGGGGGAACGCAUAAAUCGGAAAAUAUAAACGAGCGGGAAACACGUAAAGGGAGAAGCAACAGUGGUAUUUGCACAGGUCGGGGCGGGACAGAUCAGCAGCCGGGUGGUGAUCCAUGUAGAGAUUACUACAAGGAUCCGUACGUUGACCCGCAUCCCGAGCAACGUGCGCACCGUAGCAAAGAUGAGAAUAAGAAGAAGGACAAAGAUCACAUCUAUUUUGCAGGCGAAUAUUUUGGCGAUACAAAGGAGGUUCCCAGUGACCAAAAGGGGAACUACGUCACAUGGGAAAGUAUUCCCAAAGCGAGUAAUUUCAUUCCACUCAUGGGAGUUCAACUUGGGAAAACAAAAAUUCAGAGGGAAUUUACAAAUGGAACUUAUGUAGGGACAGUUAUGGAGCAAACAAAGGACGAAAAUGGCAGCCCAUUUUUCGUUGUUACGUAUGAUGAUGGGGACACAGAAUGGAUGACGCCGUGCUUCCUAUUCCAAGAAUUGCUAAAACAGUCAACAAAUAGUGUGGAAUAUCCAUUAGCGACUACGUUUAAGGAGGUAUUCAACCCCGAAUUUAAAAAGGACUUAAAAUUAAACAAUUGUUCCUACGAAUUAAAAAUUGAAAGACGAAAGAGGAGAAGCACUUGUGAAAGUGCUAGCAACAAUAACAGUGUCAGCAAAAGACAGAAACAUUCGCAGGAGGAAAAUUCCACAAAGAAGAAGAAGCAACGAUUUUGA